GCUUUCUCUGGUUGCCUUAUCUGUUGCAUUACGCUUGCGGCUCCUCUCCUUUCUGGUUUCGCUCUUUCUCACCUGCCUCGCCAUCGGGUGUCAAAGGGGACAGCCGCCCCCUCCCCAGCCUCGGGACGCCUUCUGAAGAGAAACCAUUUGAAGCAGAAUCAUAAACAUGCAUCGUAGAGAAAUACCCCUGACACUUUUGGUGCUUAUGUUUAUAAGCACUUCAGAAGAAACUUGUACCUCACGUCUUCACAUUACUGCAGUUGAAGGGGAGCCUUUCUAUCUGAAGUAUUGCUCAUCUUCAUCUGAGCGUGAGAAUAAAACAGCCACCAUAAAAUGGUACAAAAAUGAAUCGCAUGGACCCCUUGAGCUGAGCUCAAGUAGUUCACCCAGAAUUAUUUUGCUCGAUUAUGUUUUGGAGUUUUGGCCAGUUCAUUGGAAUGACAGCGGAUCUUACUCUAUCCGAAUGGGAAAUGAUACUCAUGACUGGAAAUUAAAUGUCAUCAGAAGACCUAAACACAGCUGUUUUACUGAGAAACAAAUAAUGAGUAAAUCUGUGGAAGUUAAAAAAUCUUUGCAGGUAGCCUGUGAACAUGGUUACUAUCAAAAACUGGUCAACAGAACGUUAUUGUAUAAGAACUGUGAAAAGAUAGAGAACAAUCAAAACCCAUUUUUAAAGAAGAUUGCAGAGUUUAAAGAUCAGGGAUAUUAUACCUGCAUGUUUUUCCUUCUUCAUAAUGGCAAACUAUUUAACGUCACCAAAACCUUCAAUAUAACAAUAGUUGGAGACAACAGUAAUAUAAUUCCAGCUCUUCUUGGACCAAAGCUUACGCAUGUUAAAGUGGAAUUAGGAAAAGAGGUACAGCUCAACUGCUCUGCUUUGCUGAAUGAAAAGGAUGUGAUUUACUGGAACAUCUGGAAAAAAAAUGGAAAGGAUCCUAAUGUACAUGAAGAGGAAGGGACAAGAAUUAGGACUUCAGAAGGCAAACGGCUUGCUUCAAAAAUACUGAGAAUUGAGAAUGUUAAUGAAAACAAUCUAAACUUUUCAUAUAAUUGCACUGCAGUCAGCGAGGGAGGCAUAGACACCAAAAGCUUCAUCUUACUGAAAAAAGAAGACCCAGUUGACAUCCCAGGCCACAUCUUCACUAGAGGAAUGAUCGUAGCUGUUUUGAUCUCAGUGGUCGUUGUGUGCCUAGUGACCGUGGGUGCCAUUUAUAGAGUUGACUUGGUUCUAUUUUAUAGACAUUUCUUGGGAAGAGAUGAAACCUUAACAGAUGGGAAAACGUAUGAUGCUUUUGUGUCUUACCUAAAAGAAUGUCGGCCCGAGAAUGGAGAGGAGCACACCUUUGCUGUGGAGAUUUUGCCCAGGGUGUUGGAGAAACAUUUUGGGUAUAAGUUAUGCAUAUUUGAACGGGAUGUGGUGCCUGGAAGAGCUGUUGUUGAUGAAAUCCAUUCAUUGAUAGAGAAAAGCCGAAGGCUGAUCAUUGUCUUGAGUAAAAGUUAUAUGUCUAAUGAAGUCAGGUAUGAACUUGAAAGUGGGCUCCAUGAAGCACUAGUGGAAAGGAAAAUUAAAAUCAUCUUAAUUGAAUUUACACCAGUUGGCGACUUCACAUUCUUGCCUCAAUCACUGAAGCUUUUGAAAUCCCACAGAAUUCUGAAGUGGCAGGCCGAUAAAUCUCUGUCUUAUAACUCAAGGUUCUGGAAGAAUCUUCUUUAUCUGAUGCCCGCAAAAGCAGCCAAACCAUGUAGAGACGAAGCAGAAGUCUUGCCUGUUUUUUCGCAGCCCUGAUCUUCAGAAAAGCUGAGCAGAAGAAAGAACUCUUGACACUCUGGGGACUGAGUGUAUGAGCCUGUUGAUAACGAAGAGCAUUAUUCAAAUAUUUAACUCUACUCUGUGAAUGUCCUAGUCACAUUCUGAAGAUGAAACUUGUCAUUAGGUUGCCGGGGAUAAGGCUAAACAUUGAGCUAUAGUCGUGGGCUCUCAGAAGACCCUGGACUUCAACAGAAAUGGGUGUCCUGUUUCUCCCUCUUCCAUAACUGGAUGCAGGCACUCUGCUCAAUCCCAUAUUCAGCAACUGGGAGACUGCACACGGUGCACAAUAACUUAUGCCUUAAAAUAAGGAUAUGUCUUUAAGAGAUUUUUCAUGCUAACAAUUGAACUGAAGGAUUUUAAGUUCACAAAGUGGCAUUUCUCUAUGAGCCCAUAGUUGACACAGGAACUGGAAUGGUGCCUUCACGACCCCACCAUAGCUUCCUACCUCUAAACACCUCUGACAGUGCCUGGGAUGCGGGGUGCAGGGCAGGGGUCUGGGAGAACCGACAGGGCUGCGAGCAGAGCAGGGUGUGAGGUGUGAGCUGCUGUAACAGGGCCUCAGCCUCAGAGCAUGUGCAUUAAUGUAUCCUGGCUACAGCUGCAGGCCUACAGUUCUUGAAACCCCACCAAGAUGCUGCAGAGGGCUUGCUUAAUUGGACCUAUCUGUGGGAACUUCUUAAAAGGAACUCAAAACAACUUUUUAAUCUUUCAUGCCAGACACAAAUUUUAAUUCAAAUAAUUUUCUGGGUCUUUCAAAAAAAUGGUCUAAAACAUUUGUUGAUUUUGCAUAAAUGUUUAGACACAGGAUGGGUGCCAGAUCAGAUGAGUUAUUCAGCAGCCAAAAAAGGAUGGUCACUUGCUUGAUUUUUAAAAGAUGACGGAUUUUAAAUGCCCUUUGGGUAGAGGCAGCAUGACAACCAAGACACUUGAGCUCAAAUCCCGGGUUUACCGCCUCCUCUGUGGUCUCCGGAAACUCUUCUAACUCAUCUGUGAUGCGGUCUCCUCAUCUGCAACAUUAGAAUUUAUAAGACCUGUACAGGGGGACUAAGUGAAUAAAUACAAAUGAAGCUCUUACAACAGUUCUUGACACAAACUUAACACUCAAUAAGUGUUGGUAUUGCUACUUUUGUUAUUGUUAUUAAUUAUCACCUAGGUCAGGUAUUUAGCGGUGGAAAGAGAACAAGAUCUGGAAAGGAAGGCAGUUUUGACUUGAGGCGAUUCAUUCUUACAGAGAAGCAUAGAGGAGCAGCACAUCAGCAUAUCUGCAUUGGACGUCUGCAACUUUUCACAUCGGAAGACAUAUAUCUGUCUCCUUAGUACUGGGCCUUCUUGACGGCCUCAGAGGUCUGUUCAUGAAAAUCACUGAGUGAGUGAUAAAUAGCAGCCUUACAGAGAAAGGAAAGAGCUGGGUAAGUUUGGAAGGCUGGUUAGAAGAUAUGGGUGCGGCAUGAAUGUUCCAGAAAAAUUUAAAGCAGAGACUGUAAAACAGCUGUGGUACUACUAUCUCUAAAGUAGAUAAUCAACAAGGACCUACCGUAUAGCACAGGGAACUCUACUGAAUGUUCUGUAAUAACCUAUGUGGGAAAAGAGUCUUAAAAAGAAUGGAUCAGGUGAAUCAAUCACUUUGCUGUACACCUGAAACUAACACAACAUUGUAAAUCAACUAUACUCCAAUAUAAAAUUAAAAAUUAAAUUAAAAAAUUAAAUCAGGCAACUUAAAUAAUAAAACAGCUGUGGUAGAUACUACUGAAAAUCAAAGAAAAAUGAGAUUUUCUUCAUAUUUUCAGUAUAAGAAAGUGGUCUAAUUUUUGUAGCACUUACAAUUUUGCGUGCUAGUUGGAUGGCUAAAAAAAGUAAAGGAAUUUAAUCACUAAGAAGAUUUAUGUGUGAAAAUAUAUGGUCGUGAGAAAUUUUAUUGCUAUCAUAGUCUCUAAUACAUAGAAUGAUUUGCUUUUCUUUU